UCUAAAUAUAAGUAAGUGAAAUAAUAUGAUAUUUCAGAUGAUAGGGGUUGACAGACAAAGUCUCCUUUUUGUCCUUCGUAUAAUUCAUUUGUGCAUUGUGAGUGAAUAAUUCGCCAACCAAAGAUAAGACACCUAACCUGGCCAAAACAGGUCACAUUCUGAAGAAGAGGAAGACGGUUAUAAAGCCGAAAGCAAUGCUUUCACAUAAUAAACACAGGCAUGUGCACAAGCCGCCGUCAUACACAGUGGGGUAGAGAGGAGGGGCACCCCGGCUGCCUAGUCCUGACUGCAUGGUGGUGCUUCUGUUUAGGGGGUGUGAUAGAGUUUGAAUACAUUUUCUGAGGAAUGUGUGGAACCGGUUUCUUUUGCCUGCUUCUUGUGUUCCUGUGUCCCUGGUUCGAGAACUGUGAACUACAUUAUCAGAAGACAUGCUCACCAUUUUCCCUUUAUUUGCGGGAGCCCGUUCCAGAGAUGAAAGAACUAACAUGGAGUUAGAGAUAGCAGCGAAACAAAGUUACUGCUACAGACAUUUAUUCAGCCGCUAGAAUUCUGACUUUACCAGGAAGCUGUGAAGAACCAGCAUGGAUGGAUGUCUAUCUCAGCGUUAUUUUCACGAAACAAACAAAAGGAAAAACAAAAGACCAAAAUAAGGUGCUACAGGAAAUAUUUAAUAAGGAUGUAUGUGUGGACGCAGAAACUGGAUACCGCUGUUUUAAAUCUGUUGAUAGCCACAUGGUGGCGCUGCAGGCUAAAAGGAUGCAAGGAAAAUUAAACUAAGGCUUCACUAGAAGUCACAGGCACACACAGAAGAGGAAACUCCUGACAGCUAGAAGAAAAGCUGGGGCUCCUCACGACAGAGAAAGGAAAAUAUAUCCGAGAUCGUUCCAGCUAGACGGUACAGCUGAGGUUUAUGACUGCCUGGAGCUGUGGCUGAGACCUGUUGUAAGGAGAGAAGAAACAAUGGCACCCAGAGGGUCACGCUUCCCCAGACAAAGGCAAGUGUUAUUUCUCUUUCUGUUUGGGGGACUGUGUUUGGCAGAUUCUGAGUUUGGACGUUAUUCAGUGACUGAGGAAAUGGAAAGGGGAUCAUUUGUGGCGAAUCUGGCAAAGGAUCUGGGGCUGGGCGUGGAAGCUCUGGCUGCAAAGAGAACCAGGGUGGUUUCUGAUGAUAACAAACAGCACUUGCUCCUGGAUUCUCACACCGGAGAUUUGCUCACAAAUGAGAAACUGGACCGGGAGAAGCUGUGCGGCUCCACAGAGCCCUGCAUGCUGUUUUUCCAAAUUUUGAUGGAUAACCCCUUUCAGAUUUACCGGGCUGAGCUGAGAAUAGUGGAUAUAAAUGAUCACUCACCUGUGUUCCAGGACAAAGCGAUGAUUUUAAAAAUACCAGAAAACACAGCUGUGGGGGCAGCAUUUCGAUUACAAAGAGCACAAGACGCAGAUGUAGGACAGAAUGGAAUCCGAAACUACACCAUCAGCCCCAACUCUUUUUUUCAUAUAACCGUUCGUGACAGCGAUGAAGGGAUGGUUUAUCCAGAGCUGGUGGUAGACAAAGCUCUGGAUUGGGAGGAGCAGCAGGAGUUCAUGUUAACACUCACAGCGUUUGAUGGCGGGUCUCCACCCAGGUCUGGGACAGCCGUUAUACAUGUUGUGGUCUUGGAUAUCAAUGAUAAUGCCCCACAGUUUUCCCAGGAACGUUAUCAAACCCAGACUCCAGAAAACAGCCCAGUAGGCCUUGUUGUCAAUCAAGUCUCUGCAGAAGAUGUAGACUCCGGAGUCAAUGCAGAAGUGUCCUACUCGUUCUUUGAUGCUUCUGAAGAUAUACGAGCCACCUUUCAAAUCAAUCCUUUCUCUGGGGAAAUCAUGCUCAGAGCUUUGCUUGAUUAUGAGUUGGUUAAGUCCUAUAAGUUAAAUAUACAGGCAGUUGAUGGUGGAGGCCUUUCAGCUAGAUGCACAGUUUUAGUUCAGGUUUUAGACAUCAAUGAUAACGCCCCUGAACUGAUCAUGUCGUCACUUGUCAGCGAAGUUGUUGAGAACUCUCCUGAAACCGUGUUGGCGGUUUUUAGGAUUAAUGACAGAGACUCUGGGGAAAAUGGAAAGACAGUUUGUUACAUUCAAGAAAAUUUGCCUUUCCUUCUAAGACCCUCUGUAGACAACUUUUACAUCCUAAUGACAGAAGGAGCACUGGACAGAGAGAGCAGAGCUGACUACAACAUCACCAUCACCGUCUCCGACAUGGGCUCACCCAGGCUCACAACCCAGCACACCAUAACAGUGCAGGUGUCCGACAUCAACGACAAUGCCCCCUCCUUCACCCAAUCCUCCUACACCCUGUCUGUCCGCGAGAACAACAGCCCGGCCCUGCACAUAGGCACCAUCAGAGCCACAGACUCAGACUCUGGCUCCAAUGCCCACAUCACCUACUCGCUGCUGCCGCCCAAUGACCCGCAGCUGGCCCUCACCUCGCUGGUCUCCAUCAAUGCAGACAAUGGGCAGCUGUUCGCGCUCAGAUCCCUGGACUAUGAGGCCCUGCAUUCCUUCGAGUUCCUCGUGGCCGCCACAGACCAAGGCUCCCCUGUUCUCAGCAGCCAGGUGCUGGUUCGCGUGCUGGUGCUGGACGACAAUGACAAUGCGCCCUUCGUGCUCUACCCUCUGCAGAACGCCUCUGCACCCUGCACUGAGCUGGUGCCCAGGGCUGCGGAGCCUGGCUACCUGGUCACCAAGGUGGUGGCUGUGGACCACGACUCUGGCCAGAACGCCUGGCUGUCGUUCCAGCUGCUCAAGGCCACGGAGCCAGGGCUGUUCAGCAUGUGGGCGCACAAUGGCGAGGUGCGCACCACCAGGCUGCUGAGUGAGCGCGAUGCCCCCAAGCACAGGCUGCUGCUGCUGGUCAGGGACAAUGGCGAUCCUCAGCGCUCUGCCAGUGUCACUCUGCAUGUGCUGCUGGUGGAUGGCUUCUCCCAGCCCUACCUGCCUCUGCCAGAGGUGGCGCGCGACCCAGAGCAAGAAGAGGACGCGCUAACACUCUACCUGGUCAUAGCCUUGGCAUCUGUGUCUUCUCUCUUCCUCUUGUCUGUGCUGGUGUUCGUGGGGGUGAGGCUGUGCAGGAGGGCCAGGGCGGCCUCACUGGGUGUCUGCUCUGUGCCUGAAGUACACUUCCCUGGCCACCUGGUGGAUGUCAGCGGUACAGGAACCCUGUCCCAGAGCUACCAGUAUGAGGUGUGUCUGAUGGGAGGCUCUUCUGAUACCAGUGAUUUCAAGUUUUUGAAACCGAUUUACGCUGAUGUUCAUGCUCAUGGUUCCUAGAGCAUGAGUGAUAAAAAGCCCACAUUUUGGAAUGUCUCAUAUAAAUUUGAGUAACCUUUCAUCCCAUUUGAUAUAUGAAAACAGCCAUGUGUAGCAACUACUACGCAACAAAACUAACUUCAUUUUCAACUACCAAGUAGGUCACAAUUACAUUUUAACAACGUUUUUACUUUAGUGGUAGUUUAGUGAUUUUUUUUAAUAGAGUAUUUACUACUUUAGGUUUGAAGGUUUGAUUCUUUCAUAGUUCCCAGUAAUUUGUUGUCAUUUCUCAAUACAGAAAACUGAUGUUUGGGGUUUUGUUGAGAUUAUUAUUUUGUUUUCUUUUGUUGCUAAGAAUUAACCCCAAGCCUUUUGCAUGCUUAACAAGUGUUCCAUCACUGAGGUUUAUCUCUAGCAAGGUGUACUUUAUACUCACUUUAAAAAGCUGUAUAUUCUUUUAACUUUUACUGAGUUUGUUCUUUGGCAGUUUUACACAUUUGUGGCAUGUAUUCUGUUAUUAUAAACUCCUGCUGAAUCUCCCUGUAUAGCCUAUACUCUUCCUUCCUUACAAGCCCCUUUCCAUGCUUACAAUUUUGAAUAUUCUUAUAUUUUUUGUGCUAGCAUAGUAAUUAAUGGAUUUCAGCAUUACUUCUGCACAAAAAGGUGUCAUGUUUGGUUUCAUUCAUUCCUAACCCUUACUGCCUCACUGCCUCCCUUCCUUUUCCUAGUGAGUACCCCAUUCUGCUUUCUUAUCACAGUUAUUUUGCUAUGCUUUAUUUCCCAUCUCCUUUAAGAGCUCUUCAUUGUUUGUUUGUUUGAGACAGGGCUCUAUACAGUCCUGUGGCUGUCCUGGAAUUAGCUCUGUAGACUAGGCUGGUCUCAAACUACCUGCCUCUGCAUCACAAGUGCUGGGAUCAAAGGCAUAUGCUGGCAAGAGCUCUUUCUUAUGUUCAUUCUUGCUGACAUAUAAAACAGAGUGUAUCAUAUAAUGCAAAUUCAAUGUAAUGGCCUGCAUGAAAAUCAACAUAAAUUUGAACACAUUUAAAUUUUUGUGUGGCAAUAUUAACUGACUGCUGGAAAGAUAAUUCCCAUUUUAUAUUGAGAUUUUUUUGUAAUUGUCAGAUUUAGAAACUGAGACAAAUUAAAGGUUACAGAGAAAAUAAUUUUUAUCUUGAGUCUCUUUCUACACAGUUUUUCUUCAAUUUUGAUCUAUUUCCAGAUGACAUGUUUAGACUUUAUCUUGAUAAUCGGCUUUGUUGUGCUACCACUCAUUACAGUUCUUAUUCCUAUCAAUAGACACACAUACAAAAGAUGCAUGUUUUCCUUCGAAUACGUUGUCAGUUUUGUUUCUGUGUGUUUCCAGGGUCAAACUCAAGGCUUCCUAAAUGAGAGUCAUCCCUGACGUGAUACUAAUAUUAAGCUCCACCUCAAUAGGUAUUUUUAUGUAUACAUACUUAGUAGUGCAAAAUGAUUACAUUUUUAUUUCUUGAAAAUAUUUUUCCCAGAGCUGAUAGCUACUGUCUUAGACUUGGCUAAAUUUCUAUUUACUCUAGUGAUUUUUUCUGCUUGUCUCUUUCCAUGCUAAGUGAGCAAACAAAGUGGUGGGUUACCAUGAGCUGUACCCUCUGUUCUUAGUACUGAUUUUUCACAUCAUAUUUCUCUUGAAUAUUAACUUUUUGCCUUUCACUAGUUAAAUAGAUCAGAUGCAAGUUAAUUGCCUUUAUUUCCUAGAGAUCUUCUAUUCAUAGCUCUUCUUCUUAUAGACUAUUUGCGCUAUGGCUGUCAUGCUUUUAACACUGCCCACCCUUCUUAUUUGGUUGGCAGCCAAUUUCAUUAAAAUAGAUGCAGAGAUAGUUGACAAAAAAAAAAAAAACUUUGAUACUUUAUAUAGUGAAGCAUAUUUUCAUUUGAUUGAUAGUUUGACUGGGUAUAAAAGGAUAAGUUUCAAUUUUCUCCCUUAGAUUUAAGAAAAGGACUUUUUCUUUUCUCAAUUGUGUAGACUCACUUUCACAAGGAAAAUUUCAUUCUAAACCCUAUUACAUUUUCUGAAAAGCUUUUCCUAUUCAUUCCAGAAUCACUGGAGAACUCACCCUCCGUAGUCUGAGGAUACCAUAGCACGGGCUAUUUCUUUGUUAACCUGCUCACAAGGACAUACCCCUGUCAAUGUUUAGACUCACACAGAAAUUGUCAUUUUAGUUUAUUAUAAUUUCUCUGCUGCAUUUUCUGAAAAUAUGAAGUAAAUAUUUGACUGACUGGGCAUAUUCUUUAAGAUUCCAGGCUUGUUUGGUUUUGUAUUUCUGCUCUUAACUUGCCUCAUGUUCUACUUUCUUGCACUGCUCAUGUAAUCAUUCAAUUGUUAUUUGUAAACUUUCUUUUCUGGCAGAAAAAAAAUACUUUUUUGGAAGUUUUUGUUUUGCUAUUUUUAAACACUAGUCAUUGGAAAUGUAAUAUUUUCCCUUAUCUGUAAUUUACCCUCUCAGACUACAUUAUGAAGAUAUAUAGUGUACAGUAUUAUUAGUCUUCUGUGGUCAUUUUUAAAAUUAAGUGUAAGCCACAGAAGUUGAAGAAAUUUACCAAAAUUAACAGUUUGCAAAAAUAAAAAACUUAAGUCUCAUAAUCUAUUCUGUUUUCUUUUUCAACUUUGAAUCAGGGAUGCAACUAUAUAGUACAUGGUAUCCUCAAAUUUGUCUCAAAUCUUU